AUGGCUACGGCUACAGCUUCGAAGAUCCACCUUGUGCCAGAACUGUUGAAUAAGGCUACAUUUUCUGUUCCUGGGGUUAGUAAGGAGAGUGCGGAGACAACAAAUCGGUUGUUGCAAGAGAAUCAUGAGAAAUAUCAUAUUUUCUUCAAUCAGAGUGGCUUCCAUAACCACAUAGCACACCACCUGCUCACCAUCUACGCCCUCGGUGCCUCCCCCUCCGAACUUAAGAAAGCCUACGACAACAAUGCAUCGUACCAACGACCUCCAGUCGCCCUGGAGCCGGCUGUUGUGGCGGAUAUGCAUGUUCCAGAACGGUAUAAAUCAUACCUAGGAGACGAGAAAUACUACCACGACUUCCUAGUCUAUUUCAAAGACGAAAUUGAGAAGAAGGGUUGGCAGGAGGUAGUGAAUGAUUAUGUGUUUAAGGGCGAUGAGAGAGCAGAUGACAUGCUGGUGAGGAUGUUCGGCGGCUUCCUUCACCCACUGAUCCACCUUGGCUUCGGCAUCGAAUUCCAGCAGCCCGCUAUCAUCGCAGAAGCCCUUGCACAAGCCGCCGUCCACGGUGCAUGGAUGGGCGCUUUUUUCCACGGCUGCGAGGCCACCACUUGGGCAAACAGUCCGGACCGGCGGUCUGAGAAAACCAUUAUCCAGCUACUGGACGAGAUUAGGGGUGAUGAGAAGCUGAGAGAGGCCCCGCAUUGGGGUGACGGGAAUAAGAUCAGAGAUGGUAUUUUUCAGAGGGGGAAGGAGGAGAUGAUCCGGAUUGCGAGUCAGUAUUUUGCUGUCGAGGAGGAGUUGGAUAAGAAGGUGGCAGAGAUGGUGGAUGCAGUUGUCUACUACACCGCUGCUGCCCAACACCCCCCCUCCAUCCCCAAAAUCGACUUCUUCUACAUGCACUGUGUAAACAGCUCCAUCUUCUUCUUCUCCCUGCUCUCCCCCUCCCAAACCUGGCUCUCAACGCCCGCAAAAAUCCGUCUCUUGGAGUGGAAAGUACGCGCUGAUCUCGCCAUGUAUGCAAGUAGACGGAGUCCUCCGCUACUACUGGAAGAAAUAACGGAGUACAUCCCCAUGAACAAAAACCCUCAGACCAAGGACAUUGACUUCUGGGCCAACAUUUUCUCUCGAGCGCGGCGCUUUGAAGAUGACGGCCACGCAUCGAAAUUAAUCCGCGCGCUGGCCAAAGGAGAAAACGUGUGUGUGAAGUUCGAGGGGAGGGAGGGGUUCGUGGUGCAGGGGACGAUGUGGAAGAAGGUGGCGAGUAUGGUGAUGGAUUCUGUGGAGGCUGGGGGUCCGAGUUGGGUUAGGGGUGCUGGGUUUGAGGAGGCGUGGGAGGAGGUGCCGUUGAGGGAGGCCCCUGGGGAUGGAGUGAGGUUGUGA